GGCCCUCCCCUGGGGCGCCCCGCGCGGGGCCAUGGCGCCGUGCGCCCCCGCCGCCGGCGGCGGGGCGCCGGCGGCCGACCCCGGCGGCCCCGCGGAGCAGGAGCAGGCCGAGGGCGGCAUCGAUGCGAGCCGCAUACGGCAGAUGUUCGACCACUUCGACAGGAGCGGCGAGGGGUUCCUGACCCUGGCGCAGUUCAAGGCGGCGCUGCACACCAUGGGCAUGGACAGGGUCUUCAGCGAGUCUGACAUGGAUACGAUUGUCAUGGUCGCCGACUACAACGGCGAUCGAAAGAUUGAUUUUCAGGAGUUCGUGGCGUUCACGACCAGGAUGUUGUCCAGCGGGGCGCAGGAGGGGGAGGAGGAGGAGUGCGGCUCCAAUGUUGUGUCGGGCAAGCUGCAGGCCAGCGCCACGCCGCGGACGCCCUCCAAGGGCUCGCUCUCCGACGGCGAGGGCGGCGCUGCGGAGAGGGGCUUGUCCGUGGAGGCGAACCUGCGAAGGCAGCUCAUCGAGGCGCGCGAGCGGGCCGAGAGGGCGGAGGAGAGCCUCGCGCAGGCGCAGAGGAGCGCGGAGGCCGCGCUGAAGCGGGCGAAGGAGGCCGCGGGAGACGCGGCCCUGCAGGCAGAGAGGCAGUUCGAGGAGGAGAUGGAGGCCUCGACGACCUUCUGGUGCGACAUUGCGCGGACUUCGGCGACCCCAAGGUUGUCGCAGUGCUUGGACCUUGACGCGGCCGAGUUGCUCGGCAACGGGAAGUACGGUUUCGUGUUCCGGUCCCAGAGGAGCGACGACGGCCAGCCGGUCGUCGUGAAGCUGCUGGGCCUGCGGUGGGCGCACGUAGCUGCAAAGGAGUGGGGCCGAGCGCGGGACAUCGGGGAGCAUCCGAACCUGGUGCGGUACUCGGAGGUGAUGCUGCACGCGGACGACGACAAGGUCAUCCUGAACCUCCUGUCGACCGCGCAGCGGCAGGGCCGGCUCCAGAACCGCGUCAAGAGGCAGUCCUUCCCCGACCGGUACAUCUGCUUCAUGCAGGAGUUCAUGAACCGCGGCACCGUGCAGGACUGGAUGGACAAGCACAUCCUGCUGCCAGGGGGCCUCUUCGCCACCCUGCGGUGCGUGGCGGGUGCGCUCGCGCACAUGCACUCCUGCGGCGUCACCCACAACGACAUCAAGCCCGAAAACGUGAUGCUGAAGCAGGAGGAGGGCGCGGGGCCCCGCGCCGACGUGACGGCGAAGCUCGGGGACUUCGGCCUGGCGGUGCGGUCCAAGGACAGGUCCACGGACUUCGCACAACUCGGGAUGACCGUGUUGUGCAUGGUCACCGGCGAGCACUUCGGGUCCCGCAAGUUUGCCCCCGAGCUCGUGGACCGUCUGGUGGCCGAGGUCGCCGCCGUGGUGCGGGACGCGGUCGCCGACGAGAAGCCCUCGGAAGGCGGUCGGUCGGUGGGCCUCGCGCUUGCCCAGCUGCCUCGACUGCUGCGGCAAAUCUGGGCCGGGGAGGUUGACAUGAAGGACGUCCGGGACCUGCCCGCCCUCCGAGGCUGGGGCUUCUCCGACGGGGAGUGCCUGCCCCCUGGCCCGUCCGGCGGCUACCCCGGGGCAGCAGACGGCGCGGGCGGCACGGAGUGCGCCCGGGCCGCCGAGGUGCCUCCCCUGACGGCGAGAAGCCUCGACGGCGGCAAGGUCCUGGAGACGGCCCUGCUGUCAGCCCGGCGCGUCCGAGCCUCCGUCGAGGCGGCCAGCGAUGCUGCGCCAGGCCACCGCGGAGCUCCGCCCCGGGCGGGGGCCGCUGCCGAGCCGCCCGAGGGCGCGGGGUCCGAGGCGCCGACGUCCAAGAGGGGCAGCAAGUCGUCCACGUCCUCGGCGCCGACGGGCAAGAGGGGCAGCAAGUCGUCCUCGUUCUCGGUGCCGGUGAGCCCGGAGGCCCAGCAGGCGGCGAUGCGGGCCCACUUGCAGAGCAUGGUCCAGAGGUAGCGUCGGCCGCGCACGCCACGAGACAGCGGUCGGCGGCGAUCGCCGUCUGCACGGUGGCGCCCUUCUCUUCGCACGCGGCGCGCCCGGACGCUGGACCGGCCCCGCGGCGCCCGCUGCCGCAGACUUGUCUCACCCGCCCGGCCAAACCCGCCCCAGCUGCGGCGUGCUUGUAUGUACAGAGCCCAGUGCCGCCACGCCUCCUCCUCCCCCCGGUCCUCCGCCACCUCCCUCUCGCCUCCCCCCCCCCCCGGCUGCCUCACGGAUGACGGCCCGGCUCGCGCCUUAGCGUGGAAGGCCGCCCGAGACGACCUCGCGCGGCGGCCGGCUUCGCGAGAAAGGUCCAGCCAGGCGCAAAGGGGGGGUACGGGGGAGGGGCAAGGUUUCUGAGAAGCACCCCUGCUUCUUAGA